CCUUAAGGGAAUGCGAGAUGGUAUGCUUAGAAAACUGCUCUUGUAUGGCUUACACAAAUUUAGACAUAAGAGGAGGUGGAAGUGGUUGCUUGCUUUGGUUUGGUGAGUUGACUGAUAUAAGAGAGUACAGUGCAGAUGGACCAGACAUUUAUAUAAGGACGGCUUCCUCUGAGUUAGGAAAUCUGAUGCAUAACUCUGAACAAGGUCACACUGACAAAAGCCAAACGGAAGAUCUAGAGUUACCAUUGUUCGACUUAGCUGUAAUAGUUAAUUCCACAAAUAACUUUUCAAUCAACAAUAAGCUCGAAAAGGGUGGUUUCGAACCUGUUUACAAGGUAACAAUGUAAAGACACUCUUAUGUAGUCUAUAGGAAUGUGAUCGAUGCCCAAUCUCAUGGAGCCUAUGCAGAAGCUACAAAACCAUUCAACAUUUUUAUCACUGCUUUUUCCUAAAUAGUAAUGCUAUAUAUAUAUAAAUAU